AUGCUUCUUCUACGACGAGGGCCAUGUCUGCGGUCAUCGUCUUUGACCACCAGGCAGUAUGUUAGUGGUCUUUCGACCGUCUUUGCUCGGUGCAACUCCUCCUUCGCCACCAACGACUUUGCGCUGCUGGCCAGUCGCGAGUCCUCCCGGAACCAGAUCUACCAAUCCCUUUCGUCGGACCCCUACGUGAACCUAUCCAUUGAACAUUUUUUGCUGGAAAAUGCACCGUCAGACUCGAAUAUCCUGUUUCUCUACAUCAACCGACCAUGUGUUGUCAUUGGGCGCAACCAGAACCCAUGGCUUGAGACCAACCUGCGAGCCCUCUAUAAUGACCGUGUGAAGGACGGGGAACAGAGAAAUGAUGAGGAGGACGCAGUCUACGUCCGGCGUAGAUCUGGAGGAGGCGCCGUCUUUCACGAUGAGGGCAACCUGAACUACAGCGUCAUUUCUCCACGCACGACGUUUACACGCAAUAAACACGCGGAGAUGGUCGUACGGGCAUUACACCGAACUGGAGCUACAAACACGAGCGUCAAUGAUCGCCACGAUAUUGUCAUCUCGAAUGAGGGGCCUAUCGACCCAUCUGAGCCGCAGACGCGGAAGAUUUCUGGUUCGGCGUUCAAGUUGACAAGAUUUCGAGCUCUUCACCAUGGGACCUGCUUAUUGGAUUCUCCCAACAUCAAUGAUCUCGGUGCGUUCCUACGGUCGCCUGCACGGGGAUACAUUCAGGCGAAGGGUGUCGAGAGUGUUCGAUCACCGGUUGCAAAUGUCUCGUCCGUUUUUGCAGAUGCCUUAGCGCCUUUCUCUAUCCAGGCGGUGAUAGCCAAUAUCAUGGAGGAGUUUGCACAAUUAUAUAAAGUUAACCCGGAUGCUGUUCGCCGGGGACAACGGGCCCAUGCAAAUGAUCCCGAACUAUUUGCCGGAGAUGACUGGGUUGCAGGGACUGUUGGGGAUUUUCAAACAAGUGAGCCUGAAAUCAGGAAAGGACUUGAUGAGCUGAGGUCAUUGGAAUGGAAAUACACGCAAACACCGCAGUUCACCUUUUCUACGUUUCCCAUUGAGGAGGAUCCUCGCGAGAGAGAGCCGCUGCCGUCGUCUCUGCCACCCUCGACACGUGUAUUCCUCCGCCUCAAACACGGUGCAAUUAUCGAAAGCCAAGUUUCGAUUUCGUCGGACCCGUCCGUAGCAUCCGAACAAGCAAUCCAAGUGCAUCAAGCCUUGAAUGGGAGAAAGCUACACGAGAUCCAAAUACCACAGUGGAAUAAAAUCCUGAGGAACUUGGGCGCAGAGGCCGAUGCCAACAUUGUACAAGAACUCUCACGCUUUAUCGGCAGCAAGUUGGGCUGUGAUUAG